UUUAAGGCGGCAGAUACUUUUGCUCCCUACUAGUCCUAGUUUUUCAAGCUUGUCUAAUGCAGUUUCUAUUUUUUAUAACUGAAAACCAGGAAGUAAAUCCAAUUCGUGAUGGACGCCAUUGAAGAAGUGGAAAUACCAACAAGAGUGAAAGAAUCAAAUUCUGAUGAUCCAAGCCAAAGACAGCAACUUCCUGCAAAAAAACACUUGGGAUGGUGGCUUCGCAUAUUUCUUUACACUGUCUUUCUCCUUGCUGGUCAAUCUACAGCCACCCUCUUGGGAAGAUUAUAUUAUGAUAAGGGUGGGAAUAGCAAAUGGAUGGCAACAUUAGUUCAAUCAGCAGGCUUCCCUAUCUUAAUGCCCCUCUUACUAUUCUUUCCACGAUCCUCGGCCUCAGCCGAAGCCAGCGAGUCCGCCGCCGCCACCACCAUCACCUCCCUUUUGUUGUUGUACUUAUUCUUUGGGCUACUCUUGGCAGGUGACAACAUGAUGUAUUCAUAUGGACUUUUGUAUCUUCCUGUCUCUACAUAUUCCCUCGUAUGUGCAACUCAACUAGCUUUCAAUGCCCUCUUCUCCUUUCUACUGAAUUCCCAAAAGUUUACUGCUUUGACAUUCAACUCUCUUGUGCUAGUCACAAUCUCUGCGACCCUUUUAGCAGUUCAUCCAGACUCUGCAGAUAGUACAACCCAAGCCUCCAAAUCCAAGUACAUAAUUGGUUUCCUAUGCACACUCGGCGCAUCAGCCACAUAUUCUCUCUACCUCUCCCUAUUAGAGCUAUCUUUCAAGAAAAUAAUCAAGAGGGAAACAUUUGAUGCUGUUCUUGAUAUGCAAAUCUACCCAUCACUUGUUGCAACUUGUGCCUCUAUUGUGGGACUUUUUGCUAGUGGAGAAUGGAUAAAUUUGAGAGCAGAAAUGAAAGGGUUCCAAAAAGUGAUAGACAGGGCAUGUAAUCCAGACUGGAGUUCAUCCGACAAGAGAUCAUACACCAUACGGUGUCGUUUAACGAGUGUCUGGCCGUCAAAUUUGCUUGAAACAAUGUUAACGUUGAAAUGGGUCUCGGUUGCGCCGCUGUCUUUGACAGCAGCGUGGCCGGCAUGCUGGUACGACACAUCCUCCACCUCCAACAAGGCGGCUUCCAGCGCCGCUAGCUUCGUCUUGAUCCUGCUUGCCCGUGACAGCAAAGCCCGCGAUGCCAUUUGCACUCACUGCGUGGGAUUUCAGAUUUCUUCGUAUCAAUGGCGUAAAUUCCCUAGCCCUUUUUGCUUCACAGCAAUUGUAUAUUUCAAUAAAAAAAUUCGAUUUUGAUGGAACCUUUCAUCACUGUUCCCAGACUAUGCUACUUCGAACACUUGGGUCCCCAAUAUAAUAUUAAUUGCAUUCAGAUCCUCAUACA